AACUCCAAGCACUAUGUCUGGUGAACACCAGGCACUGCUCAUUGCCUGGCUAAUUCCCUACGGUGAAGAAUUGUGGUGGCAGCAUUAUGCAAUAUGGGUGCUUCUCAGUGGCAGGGACAGGGAGACUGGUCAGAAUUGAGGGAAGGAGGAAUGCAGCCAAAUACAGAGAGGUACUUGAAGAGAACUUGCUCCAGAGUGCACACAACCUCAGACUGGGGCGACGGUUGACAUUUCAGCGCAACAAUGACCCAGGACAACACUGGAGUGGCUUCAGGACAAGUCUCUGACUGUGCUUGAGCGGCCCAGUCUAUUCCCAGACUCAAACCCCAUUGUUUUUUCUUUACCAUAUCUUCAAUAUGGCAGAUUUGUUGACCUUGUAUGCAAGUUACAGAGACUGGCACAGUGAUUUUGGAAGGUGUGUACACAGUGUUGAGAAAUUCCAGUCAACGGUUUUAAGAAACACUCCAGUUAUUUAAGAAAUGGUAUUUCUACACAAUAGCCAGUCAUGCACUGCGGUUAGCAUAAUGUAUAAAACUCAAAAUAACAGGGAAUAGCGUACAUGUUAUCUAUAUUAAAGACCUCUAUUCAUAAAAAGUUAGUGAAGUUAUUCUCAAGUGAAUUUUAGGAUUUGGGAACUGUAGACUUAAGACUUGUAAAUACUAUGGAAUUCUGGGGGUGCAGUGGCUCUUCUGAUGCAAUGUGUUUAAUGGCAAUCUGCCACUUGGAUAAUACAAAAUGAAGCAUUCAGCGUGUUUGCAGUAUGUUGCUAACUGUUCAUGUGUUAAUGUGUGGUUUUGUUGCAGUUGGUGGUUCAGUGUCACUGUGGUAUUACUGGGAAUUAGCGUGGCGUUAGCGUUGUUCUGUGUCCUGUACCUGGAUUGGUUCAAGGGCAUUCAGCACUAUGACCAGGAGUACCCGGCUCUCGCACCCGUCACCACGGCCAUCUUCAUCGCUGUGUCCUGCUGUUUUAAUAUAGCACUGUGGCCAGUGUGGUCAAUAUUCACUCCCGUCAUCCUUUUCACCCAGUUUAUGGGGGUGCUGAUGCUUAUUUCCAUGCUGGGCUGAUGCAGGCUUGAGGUAAGCGCCACAUGCACCAGCCCAAAAUAUGCAUGAAUAAGAAAUAUAAACAUCAUGAUUGCAUUAGCCCUGGGUCAAUAAUGAAAACAAUCCAAACAGUUUUCAGUAACUCUGUAACUAUGCAGGUGUUUUAAUUAAAUUUUACCGAAAAUGUAUAUAUUUGUAUAUGUAAUGUAUAUAUGUAUAAAAUUUUCUCCUUCACAGAUUCCUCCCAACCUUGAUUUGGACUGUUGAGACUGUUUUAUGUUGAAGUUGAAUGCAUUCUUUACUUUCAGCGAUUAUACUGUAUCUAAUAUUGUUCAUACUAAAUGCCAAUGCUUUUAAAUGCCAAUACAAUUUUUUUAUUGUUUAGUAUGUAAAGCUAUUUAUUUGUUUUCAGUUUCAGUGUUCUAAUACAACUCUAUGUAAUUAAAACAAACACUGUACAUGGCAUUUUUUGUAUUACUUUCUUAUUAAAACAUAAUUAUCAAA